GGUUGUUUUUAUGUUUCAGUGUCAGGUUACAGUCUGCGGCUGCAAAGGCUCAUGGGUAGAAAUGUGAUCUGUGUAUUUUCAAAACACGAUGACCCGACCCGGUCAGCUGAGUCUGCCGGGAAUCGAACCUGUGGUGUGUGUGCUCUCUGACCGCCUGUCGUCUCGUCUCCUCCUCAGUGUGUAACUUCAUGUGUCAUGAGAAAUGCCUGAAGACGCUGCGCUCAGUCUGCUCCUGCAUGAGUCCGGCUCUGAUCCGGGUCCCGGUCGCUCACUGCUUCGGUCCGGCGGGUCACAAGAAACGUUUCUGCUGCGUCUGCAGGAAGCAAACGGAGGGAAGCUCGGCGCUGCGCUGUGAAGUGUGUGAGCUGCACGUCCACGCUGACUGUGCCGCCUUCAGCUGUGCCGACUGUCGCACGUCUCACCUGGACGUCACUCUGGAGCAGGAUACGUUCCACCACCACUGGAGGGAGGGGAACCUGGCGUCAGCGGCGAGGUGCGAGGUUUGUCGGCGGUCGUGCGGUUCGUCUGACGUCAUGGCGGGGAUGAGGUGCGAGUGGUGCGGCAUCACGAGCCACGCGGCGUGUUACCUCAGCGUGCCACCAGAGUGCACUCUGGGACGUCUGCGCUGCAUGCUGCUGCAUCCGGCCUGCGUCCGCCUCGACUCCAGAAACUUCAGCAAGAUGCACUGUUACCGCAUCACGGAGAGCUGCAGCCACGACCUGGAUAACUUCGACGACGUUGACUCGUCCUCGGCUGUUCCUAAAGACGGUCAGCUGGCUGCUCCAGAAUCAGGUAAACAGUCUCUGAAGGUGUUUGAUGGCGAUGAUGCGGUCAAGCGCGGCUUCUUCCGAUUGGUCUCCAUCCUUCGAGCCACGAGGAACGAGGAAGUGGUGGAGGCGGCGCUCAGGGCCUUCUACCUCCCCGAUGAACCUCAGGACUACGAGCUGCACGAAGUCGGCGGCACGCAGCGUCUCCAUAGUGACGACAUCCUGAACCGUAACAGCGGUCCAGACAACAGGAAGGACGGCGGUGACGCCUGGCUGCUGAGGGCCAAGCCACGAGACGCCGAGGUCAUCAAGGUGUACGCCGGCUGGCCCAGGUCUGGUCCAGCUUUCGUCUCCGUCUCCGUCUCAAAGAGCAGCACGGCAGCUUCAGUCCUCCCCGAGGUCCUCAGCCAGCUCGACAGACAGGUACGACAGGACGAGGACGCGUCCACGUUCAGCCUGAUGGAGGUCAGCAUGAGCAGCAAACAAGUGCAGAGACAGACGCUGACUCCUCAGGAGAACAUCGUGGACAAACUGCAGGAGAUCAGGAAGGCGUCGCUGCGUCAGAUGAACCAGACCCGGUUCUACAUCGUGGAGAACAAGAAGCCAGAGGUGCAGGUCAACCUGCUGAUCGGAGGACUGCCCCCCCUGCUGACCAAAGAGGAGUACGGCCAGCUGAUCCAGGAACACCUGACCGCCAAGAGUCACCUGGUCGCCAUCAGCCACUUCUAUGCCAGUCAAGGCGCCGUGGCGUUGCGGAUCUCGUGUUUCUCCGAGGCGGAGCGGAUCUACAUGCUGGCUAAAGACACGGCCGUCAACAACAAGACGCUCACGUCGCUCGUCGUCCCGGAGAUCGAGGUAACUGAAAACUGUACCCACAAUGCACCAGCAGCUGCUGUGACAGGACUGACUGUGGUCGUCUUUCAGCACCACCGGCUGGGCGGAGGCGUCUGUCCUCUGCUGGUGUUCGUCAACCCAAAGAGCGGCGGUCUGAAAGGCCGGGAGCUUCUCUACAGCUUCCGGAAGCUUCUGAACCCUCAUCAGGUCUUUGACAUCUCCAACGGAGGACCGCUGGCUGGCCUCCACACGUUCAGGGAGAUUCCCAGGUUUCGGGUGCUGGUCUGUGGGGGCGAUGGGACGGUGGGCUGGGUGCUCGGAGUCCUGGAGGCCGUCCGGCACAAACUGGUCUGUCGAGAACCGCCCAUCGGCAUCGUACCACUGGGAACAGGUAACGACCUGGCUCGUAUCCUGCGCUGGGGAGCCGGUUACAGCGGCGAGGACCCCCACCACAUCCUGGUCUCUGUGGACGAGGCAGACGAGGUUCUGAUGGACCGAUGGACCAUCCUGCUGGACGCUCAGGACAUCUCUGAAGACGGGAAGGACAACGGCUUCUUGGAGCCGCCUAAGAUCGUCCAGAUGAAUAACUACUUUGGACUCGGCAUCGACGCAGAGCUCAGCCUCGACUUCCACCAGGCCCGCGAGGACGACCCGGAUAAAUUCACCAGCAGGUUCCAUAACAAAGGUGUGUACGUGAAGGUCGGCCUGCAGAAGAUCAGUUACACCAGGAGCCUCCACAAAGAGCUGCAGCUUCAGGUGGACGCUCAGAACGUCCCGUUACCGAACAUCGAGGGUCUGAUCUUCCUCAACAUACCCAGUUGGGGUUCUGGUGCUGACCUCUGGGGGUCGGAGGCCGAUGGUCGCCAUGGGAGACCAAGCAUCGAUGACGGCCUGCUGGAGGUCGUCGGCGUCACUGGAGUCGUCCACAUGGGCCAGGUGCAGAGCGGGAUGCGUUCAGGGAUUCGUAUUGCUCAAGGGAACUACAUCCGGCUGACUGUGAGUAAACCCAUACCUGUCCAGGUGGAUGGAGAACCGUGGAUCCAACCACCAGGACACAUCAUCAUCUCUGCUGCUGGACCAAAGGUUCGUAUGUUGAGGAAGUCGAAGCAGAAGCAGAAGAAGUCCUCAGCUGGCGUGAAGGACGGUCGCUCUGAGAGUCCGUCCUCCAGAGACGGAGGACACUGACUCACCGGCUGAAGAUCGGCGUCCUGCCUUUCACCUGCUUCCUGCUGACGCCAUUUUGUGUCCAGCAGCCGGCCGUGGUUGCCCUCAGGACGGGCCGCAGGGCGACUGGAGGAGGGUUAGUCCUGGAUCCUGGAUCAGCUGGACCCGACUCGGAUCUCGUUUCCAUCCUGCUGACCAGACACAGAAUCCAUCAUAACGUCCAUGACAGGAACUUUUCUAGAGUAACACGUGACGGGAGGUUCACGACAUUAACCGAGUUCUGUUGAACUUUGACUCAGCGAUAAGCUCAAAGUAUUUAACACAGUUCAGAACUUUGUAGCAGUAGACCCAGUAUCAGUUCUAACUUUAGUCGUGAAGAUGAUGUGCAGCUAUCGAGUGAUGAUGAUGAUGGUGAUGAUGAUGAUGGUGACCUCACUGCAGAGACUGACGGGCAGUUUCUUUGAGAAGCUGCGACCACAUUAUGUUUCCGACCCGCUGCAGCUUCUUCUUCUUCUUCUUCUUCUUCUUCUUCUUCUUCUUCUUCUCCUCGUGUGAAAUCGUUUGGUCUCGUUGGUUUCAGACGCUCGUGUUGCGGUGAAGCUGUGUCUGAUCAAUCAGCUGAGGCUGACUGGAGAUCAGUUUGUGUUUCACAGUUUUCUUUGGCCGAUGAGUUCGCUCUGCUAUGAAUCAUCAUGUUGUAAUAAUAAGAUCUUAAUAACUUUACACAGCCUGAAUGAUCAGAUCAGGCAGAUUACUCAGAUUACUCAGAUUACUCAGAUUACUUCAAACAAACAGACGUCGUGUUUAGAUCAUCUAAAAGUAAAAAACUAGAAACUGUUAGCAUGUGGCUAACCUUGAUUAGCACAAAUAUCUUAAUGUAAUUAAAGAGAUGAGACGUGUCGUUAACGAGCUGACUCUGUCUCGUCAGUGACAUGUUGAAGUUCGUCGUGUUUUAAGUCUUCAGCUCAUGCUAACGUAGUUAGCUGUGAUGUUUGACUUCUUUCUGUCUCGUAGCACUGAAGCUGUGUUAGGCUGAGUUUAUGAAGUGAAGCUAAAUCACAAAAUUUAAACAAAUGAAACUAAAUCUCUAAAUGACUAAAAAACAUUUAAAGUUCUGAAGUUCUGCUCAGUCACUGUUAGUUUACUGUACAGCUAGCUAACCGGCCCGUAUGCCAAAAAAUAACAACAACAAACUAAAAGUAAGUCACGAUAAUUAGUCAAACGAGAGAACACAGGCUACUUUAGCUUUUUAAAAGAAUAAAAGAUGUUUUAAACGAAGCGACCUGAGGCUGUAAAUGUUUGAACAUGGAGCUACAUGAACACGACGAGUCAGCAAAUCGUACUCAGUUAUAUUAAAGCAGAAAAACUCAUCGGGGUAUAAACGUACUGAAAUGACUGCAGCUGGAAAGAUACGUGAAUUACUCGCUUAACUAACGAGCAGCUCGAUGGCUGGAACAAAGAUUGUAGAUUAAAAUGAAGGUUUAAAUUCCUGAGAUCGAAUCACUGCAGGGAGAUAAAGACUUGGUAUCAGCUUGGUGGGCUAGCUGCUCAGCUAAAACAAAUUAACUUAAAGCAACAAAUAAAAUAUUGAUCAGCUGAUACUGAUCACAUUAUACGAGUGACAUCGAGCAGUAAUUAUUGGUCGACCGCAUAAAAUCAUAAAUGCUCAAACUGGCAUGAGUUUAUUUUCCAUUUUAAACGAAUUUAAAAGAAUUGUUAGCGAGUCCGGCACUGAAGGAAAAGACGAGACUCAGCUGCCGGUGUGUCAAACAGAAAGAUGGAGGAGGAUUUGAUGAACUUCGUCCACAUUCCUAGAGAUGCAGAACGUAAAGCGGCGGUCCAUGAAGGUCCAUGAAGGUCUGUAAAGGUCCAUGAAGGUCCAUGAAGGUCCGGUUCUGGACUAGAUGAAGGACCUUCUGCUCUUGAUGCAGCCACAGCAGUAUUGAAUCACUGUACUUUGUUUUUUAUUUGAAAGUUUUUGGUGCUAGAAGGUGACGAAAUGUUUCAGUUCUGUGCUUCGUUGAUCCUGUUUGGAGUCAAAGUCCACCUGUCUGUUGUUUCACUGCAGGUGGGUUUAAUGAGAUUACAGUAACGAGCUCUCAGCGCUGACACAUCAGUGGCAUUAACUGCUGAAGUCGACACUGUGUACUGACAGUAGGAUGUAGCUGUGAGUGAGCUGUGCAGAUACGUUCAGUGUUUUGUUACAUGCAUGAAGUACUGUAGUUCUGUGUGUUGUGUAUUACAGCAGCUCUUUGUUCCCACUCACGAGUCCGUCGCUGUUAAAGAACUUUAAACUGAACCGAAUUCCUCGUCAGCUCAUUUCUGGUGGUUUUAACACGAAUGAACUGAAACAAGUUCAAAUCAGAUUCUUUGAUUAGCAUGAACAUGAAGUUCAGUUUGUUUUCAGUCCAAACAAAGCACAAAAACAUCCUGCAGCUUGAAACCUCUGACUGAACGGACUCACAGAAAGUCCAUUUAUUACAUUUGAUGUAAU